AUGCCGAAAAGACAAAGUCUCGGCCGUGCAUCGGCAGCGUGUACUUUUUGCCGUCAGAAAAAGUUGAAGUGCGAUGCUGUGAAACCAACCUGUGGCAACUGCACAGCCAAAGGCAUCGACUGCCAGCAAGGCCCUGCUCAACAUAAGCCGAGACCGACAAAUGAAAGAAUCGCGCGAUUGGAGUCGGAGAAUGCAUUCCUUCGCCAGCGCCUCCAGACUGGAGAUACACCAGUCUCGGGAUAUGGGGCUCCUGCUCCUGGCCCGUCCGUGGAGCAAGCGUCCCCGCAGCCACCAUGCUCAGUUGACUCUCCAAUGCCUGGUCCUGAGGGGAGUAUCAGGAAACUGGCAAACAUAGGGACGCGCGGCUCUCAUAUUCCCGUAGAACCACCCACAGGUGAUCUUAGAAGUAAUGUCUCUCUAUACCACGGUCCAACGAGCACGGCAUAUUAUGAAACACCAAGUCCCCAGCAACGCAAUGGACAGAACAAUGACUUCUAUGCCACGAACGAGUGGUCUCAAAAUCUACUCUUUGCGCAAACUGCGAAGCAGAGGCAACUGGAGCCGCUGAAUCUCAUAGCUGGUCGCCUCGACUUUGAUGGAGUAGAUCCUAGCAUCGGAAUGGAACUGCUCUCCAUUUAUUGGAGCCGCCAAGUUUAUACCGCGCAAAUCAUCCAUCGCCCCGUUUUCAUGCGCGACAUGGCGUGCGGAGGUCCUUACUUCUCAAAAUUACUGCUCAAUUCUAUCUUUUUUGUUGUCUCCAAACAUUCUCUCAGGCCUGAAGUUCGCACGGAUCCAGAUGACAUAAACACGGCAGGAUUGAUAUAUCGAGAGCGAUUUGUGGAGCUCUUGCGCGAAAAGUUUGAUAAAAGCGAGAUCACUACUAUACAGGCUCUCCUAAUCAUGUCGAAUGCACUCUUUUCGAGAUGCGACGAGCGAAGUCUAUCGUGGUUAUACGCUGGGAACGCUUUCAAUAUGAUUAUUGAUCUUGGUCUGCAUGUGUUACCUUCGGCAAACAACACGUCUGCAGAGGAGCUAGAGAUUCGAAAGCGGGUUGUUUGGGGGGCAUAUUCGAUUGAUAAGAUCCAAUGCCUCCUCCAGGGCCGACCUUCACUCCUUCGAAAAAGAGAUUUUAACACGCCUUUAAAGUUCCUUGACGAGUAUGAUGAGCUCGAACAAUUUGACAGCAUAUCAUACACGACAAACCGUCAUCAAUUGGGCAUUCCAUCAUUGAAUGUGACUUUGCUAACGAAGCUGUGCGAAUUAUCCGUUAUAAUUGAGCACCUGAUGUGCGAGGUUUACUCUGAAUCCACUCCGAAUACUCAACUAAGUCAGAAGAUGAGCGUCUGCGAAAGGAUCAAAUCCGACCUGAGCCAAUGGAGAAAAACCCUUCCUCCCCAGAUGGACUAUAUUGCCUAUUCAGGGGAUCCUGGCUCUGUCUUACCCCAGGCCCACUGUCUUUUAGCCCUCUGUAACACCCUCGUUAUUCUCUCCGAGCGACCUUUCAUUACGGACAGUCACAGCAGCUCUAUAGUAGCCCAUGAAUCCAUCACAGCUAGCACAGCCGCUGCUAACCAGACCGUCCAAAUUUUGCGCGACUAUGCACAGCACUAUUCGAUCGGGAGCGCGCCAUACGUCCUAUCAUACGCGACUUAUGUGAGCGCGACCAUCCACGCCCGGAUCGUGGCGCACAAAGGAAAAGGCUCAGUCUCGUUUCAAUCCCUUAUCUUCUGUUUGAAGACCCUGGAAGAUCAAACAGAUAUUUAUACCGCGGCAGUAAAAGCAAGACAGAAUCUCGACAGGCUCAUGGAUCAUUUGGGUGUUAGUAUUGCUGUCAAUGGUUCAAUGAAUGGGAAUAUGGUCGGAGACUCGGCCCAGCUACAAACUGUUCAAUAUGAGUCCGUGUCUACGCCUGAUAAAACCCAGGCUGUUGGAACGACUUUCGCGGAGAAUGGCUUCUCGCAAACGAGCUGGGAGUUAUCUAACCUAGAUCUUGAUGCUAUUCUGCAGGGGUUUCUGCUUGACAGGGAUGGACAAUUUCCGAUGUAUCCGCUGGGCACGUUUUGA